AUGUCUAUUUUGUAUAACGAAAAUUCUAAAUUAAUAUCUUUAUCUGAUUCAGAAGAAACAAAUGAACCAUUUUCGAUCAACGUUGAUCAAAUUAAUUCAUUGACUAAAUCAUUAAUAGGUGAAUCCAACAACAAUUUUACUCCAAAGCCAAAUGACAAUACUACAAAACUAAUCAAAAAUCUAUUUGAUAGCGGGUUAGCUAAAAUGAAACAGCAAAAAUUAAAGGAAGCCCUAAAGAAUGUUUCAUUAGCGAUCGAAAUGUCAAGAAGAAGCAGAAACUCAUACGAAGCCUUCGCCUUGCAAUUACAAGAAUUACAAUUCAUGUUAAAACAUAAGAUUGAUCUUGAAUUGAUACUUAAUAAGCCAAUCGAUGCAUUACAAGAUCUAGAGUUAUUAUUGGGAAUAGGGUUGACCACGUCUGAUGUUUUUAUUAGAUUAACUGAUUCUCUAUUAAAAUUGGGUCAAUAUAAAGAAGCUGUAGUAGUUUGUGAAAGAGGCUUAAGUUUUUCACCAAAUGAAACAAAAUUGAAAGCUCUUAAUUUACAGUGUAAUAGACUAUUGGCAGAAUAUAAUGGUGAUAUCUAA